AAGCGUCGGUCUGAGCGGCGCGUGGGGCCAUGGCGGCCGGCGGGGCGCUGGAGUCCGCACCCCCGGCGGCCGCGGCCGCCUCUGCUCCCGCGCCGGCGGGGCCGUCUACCGCCGGGCAGUUGUUCCGGCCCCUCGGCGCCGAGGAUGAGGAGCAGCAGCCCACCGAGAUCGAGUCGCUGUGCAUGAACUGUUACCACCAGGGCACGACGCGCCUCCUGCUCACCAAGAUCCCCUUCUUCAGAGAAAUCAUCGUGAGCUCCUUCUCGUGCGAGCACUGUGGCUGGAGCAACACGGAGAUCCAGUCGGCGGGCAGGAUCCAGGACCAGGGGGUGUGCUACACCUUGACCGUUAGGGGCCAGGAGGACAUGAACAGAGAGGUGGUGAAGACAGACUCUGCCACUGCUAGGAUCCCUGAGCUGGAUUUUGAAAUUCCCGCUUUCAGCCAGAAGGGAGCUCUGACCACUGUGGAGGGAUUGAUCAGCCGUGCAAUCUCUGGCCUGGAACAGGACCAGCCCACACGAAAAGCAAAUGAAGACGGCAUAGCUGAACGAAUAGAUGCGUUCAUAGUCAAAUUGAAGGAGCUAAAGCAAGUAGCCUCUCCUUUCACUCUGAUCAUUGAUGAUCCGUCGGGGAACAGCUUUGUGGAAAACCCCCAUGCUCCCAGGAAAGAUGACGCGUUGGUGGUCACACACUACAACCGGACUCUUCAACAGGCAGAGAUGCUGGGGCUCCAAGCAGAAGCACCAGAAGAGAAGCCAAAAGAGGAAGACCUCAGAAAUGAAGUGCUCCAGUUCAACACAAACUGCCCAGAAUGCAAUGCUCCAGCUCAGACCAACAUGAAGUUAGUGCAAAUCCCCCACUUUAAGGAAGUUAUCAUCAUGGCCACUAACUGCGAGAACUGUGGGCAUCGGACCAAUGAGGUAAAGUCUGGAGGGGCAGUGGAGCCCCUGGGCACCAAGAUCACUCUCCGUGUCACCGAUCCCUCCGACAUGACAAGAGACCUCCUUAAGUCUGAGACAUGUAGUGUGGAAAUCCCGGAGCUGGAAUUUGAACUAGGAAUGGCGGUCCUCGGGGGCAAGUUUACCACUUUGGAGGGGCUUCUGAAAGACAUCCAGGAACUGGUGACCAAGAACCCUUUCACCCUGGGUGACAGUUGCAAUCCUGGCCGGUCGGAUAAAAUACAGGAGUUUAGCGAGAAGCUGGACCAGAUCAUCCAGGGCAAGGUGAAGGCCCACUUUAUUAUGAACGAUCCCGCAGGAAACAGUUACUUGCAGAACCUGUACGCACCAGAAGAUGAUCCAGAGAUGAAGACGGAGCAGUACAAGCGCACCUUUGAGCAGAAUGAGGACCUAGGGCUCAACGACAUGAGGACGGAAGGCUAUGAGGCAGACCAGGCCCCGCAGCGGUAGCAGCCCCAGCACUGCUGACACUGACCUCAGGGCUGUUGAACUAGAGCUGGGUGUGCCCUCUCCCAGCUUCCCCCCCCCCCCCCAUGGGGAGGAAGUCAAGAUGCCUAGCAUUGCCACAGGGUGGGCACACUUCCUAACAGCUUGUGAUGCAACCUCAAGCCUGCUGUCACCGGUGACCUUAUUUUGGAAAUUCUGAACUGGCUGCGGAAGACACCCAGAAAUGAACCUUGGCCAUUGUCUCCCCCCCUCCCCCC